UGGUGUUGGCAGCCAGCGACGAGGGGCGAAGCGGCGGCGGGCCGCGCCUCCCAGUCCCGCAUCCGGCGCGGUGGGUGUGCCCGCAGGGUGUGCACCCCGAGUUCUGGCCUAUCUCUCCGGCCAGAGGGCGCCUGGAGGCUGUGCGCGCCCCGGACAACAAGGGUGCGCCAGAGCGGGGUGCGCGCCCGGGACGCGGACCUGCACCCAGAGGCUGCGUGCGCCCGGAAGGCAGGGUGGGCGCCCCGCCGCGGGGCCCCAGGCACAGUGAGUCGCCUCCCACCGUACUUCCGCGGCUAGCCAAGAACUCUCCAGGAAUCUUACAGACUGAGCGAAUGAAGAGCGCCUGAGAGGCGGAGAGUCACAAUCCCUAAGAUGGAGAAGACAGAUGCCAAAGACCAGAUCUCUCAGGGGAGUGAAGAGAAAGACCCUCCAAGGAGCCACCCAUACUCUGUGGAGACCCCAUAUGGCUUUCACUUGGACCUGGACUUCCUCAAGUAUGUAGAUGACAUUGAGAAAGGGAACACCAUCAAAAGGAUUCCUAUCCACAGAAGAGCCAAGCAGGCCAAGUUUAGCACGUUGCCCCGCAAUUUCAGCCUUCCUGACAGUGGGGCUCGCCCCCAUGUUACUAUCCCCCAGCAAAACUGGUCUCCCGCAGUGCCAAGGAAGGUGUCACCCAGGACCCAGGAGCAAACCCAGUCACUGCUGCUAGGUGAUCCUCCCCACGCCUCAGCCAGCGGGAGCCAGGUGAGCUAUCAUAGGAAGGCCCUAUUGGCGGAGGCCUCCAGGCAGCUGGAGGCUGCUGCUCCAGAGGAAGCCGAGCUCACUUCUGGGAGUGGACGGCCCCAGCUUUUGAGAGCAUCCAGUAUGCCAGCCACGCUGCCCCAAAACAGGGCCUUGGAGGAGCCAAACCUAAGCGCAGGUCUUCCAGCACCUCCUGCCUUCCCUCCUCUGCAGGGGGACAGCAGCAUCUGGGAUGGCACCUUUGGCCCAGCAGAAGGAUUUGCAGGUUUUCACAGCUCCAGCCCUGGAGCAUCAGCCCAACUGACAGUCAGCGAUUUGGGAGACCUGGUGGCAGGGCUCCCAGAGCUACUCCAGGAGGGGGCUGAGCCUGCAGAGGGGGAAGUGAAGUCUCCAAAUCACCUGUUUCUCCCAGGGCCUCCUCCCGCAUUCCAGAAUGCACUCCUAGAGGAUGUGGAAGGCGAACACCAAACCAGAGAAGCAGAGGGGGUUCUUACCCCUGGCUCCUCAACACCCAGCCCCCCACCUCUGCCAUCUCCCAUCCCUGAGAAUGAGCUCCCUCUGGAGGAAAUCGAGCUCAACAUCAGUGAGAUCCCACCCCCGCCGCCCAUAGAGUUGGAUGUGAGAAGCAUCGGCAUCCGGGUAACUGAGGAAAGCCUGGGCCUUGCCCUGGUGGACCCCAACAGCAUCUCCAACCUGAAGGAGCAGGUCUCAGCCCUUGAGGGUGAAUUGUCUGGCAGAACCAAGGAACUGACCCAGGUCCGAGCUGCCCUUCAGCAGCAGGAAGAGGAAAUCAAGACGCGGGAACAGAGGAUUCGAGAGCUAGAGUGCACUGUAGCCCAAUUGGAAGAAAAGCUUAUCCAAGAGACUUCCAGAGAUGCCCCGGGCCAGGCUGAUGCCAUGGUGAACACUGACCCUCCCCGUGGGCUCUUCCCAGGGGAGUCAUGUGACAAGAGCAUCGGCGUCAACCUUCUGAGCAUCACAGACUCUGAAAGCUGGGGGGCCGGGGGAGAGGAGAAUGGCUUCCUAUGGGGGCAAAAUGGUCACACUCGAGCGGGUCAGAGAUUGGCAGAGCCUGUGCUACCGCCCCAGCUCUCACUGCCACAGGGACCUGAGAAGGUCCUUGCCUCCCCUUUACAUUGCUGCCUCCCCACUGAACUCAGGAUUGAAGAAGCAGGCUCUGAGCACGAGGGAGGCCUGCAGGCAGGAGGCGAGAGCCUGGCCAGGGCAGCACAAGGUUCUUCACGGAGCAGUGACAGAGAGGCUGCCCCAGGGUCCAGGGAGGAGCUCCCAGGGAAGGAGCACCCGGGAAGGCCACCAAGCUCUCCAACAGAUGCCACCAUUGGGCAAUAUGUGAAAAAGAUCCAGGAGCUCCUGCAGGAGCAGUGGAGCUGCCUGGAGCAUGGGUACCCGGAGCUGGCCAGCGCCAUCAAGCAGCCUGCCUCCAAGCUCAGCAGCAUCCAGAGCCAGCUGCUGAGCUCCCUCAACCAGCUGCUGUCUGCCUACUCAGCCCAGGCUCCCCCACAGGAGCCUGCAGCCCCGCCCUCCUCCCCUCCAACCGAGAGCUCCCCGCCGACCAGCCUUAAAUCCAUAAUGAAAAAGAAAGACUAUGGCUUCCGUGCAGGAGGUAAUGGGACCAAAAAGAACCUUCAGUUUGUUGGGGUUAACGGUGGCUAUGAGACCACUUCCAGCGAGGAGACCAGUGGUGAGGACAGCUCUCCAGAGGACUUGUCUGACAGCGAGGCUGAGAAGAAAUGUGGUGGCCCAGAACACAGGCGGGGCCAAGAUGCCACCAGCUGCGAGGCUGGCCAGGAUGUCCCUGAGGGCACUGACAGCACAGGCCAGGAAAGCGGGUUUGGGGAAGAAGCCCCCCAUCCCAAGGCUGAGAGAUAUAAACCCUCAGAAGAAUUUCUUAACGCAUGCAGAGCAUUGAGCCAGUAUCUGCCGGAGACUGGGACCACCACCGACCAGCUCUUGAGGCAAAGCUUGAACACCAUCAGUCAAGAGUGGUUCCGUGUUUCCAGCCGGAAGUCAUCUAGCCCUGCCACGGUGGCCGCCUACCUCGCUGGGGUCCAGACUCACUCCCCACAUCUCCUGAAGCUGCUUGUCAACUUGGCUGAUCAUAACGGGAACACAGCCCUCCACUACAGUGUGUCCCACUCCAACUUCUCCAUCGUGAAGCUGUUGCUGGACACAGGGGUCUGCAAUGUCGACCACCAGAACAAAGCUGGCUAUACUGCCGUGAUGAUCACUCCCUUGGCUUCUGCGGAGACGGAUGAAGACAUGGCUGUUGUCUGGAAGCUCUUAAGAGAAGGAAAUGUGAACAUCCAAGCAACUCAGGGAGGCCAGACCGCCCUGAUGCUGGGGGUCACCCACGACCGGGAGGACAUGGUCCAAGCGCUACUGAGCUGCCAGGCAGACGUCAACCUGCAGGACCACGAUGGAUUGUCAGCUCUCAUGAUGGCCUGUCACCAUGGCAACGCCGACCUGGUGCGCCUGCUCCUGGCCCACCCGGCUUGUGACAGCAGCCUGACUGAUAAGGCUGGCCACACCGCUCUGUCCAUCGUUCUGCAAUCACCUUCCCAUGUGGAAAUUGCAGGCCUUCUGCAUGCCCACGCAGAGCGGGGCAGGUCCCUGGGGCUGUAGAGGCUGCAGAGGAACCAGCAGCCAGGAAGAAAAGGCUCCUUCUCUGCACUCCUCCUUUGCCCUUGGAGAGGACAGGGUCAAAGCCUGAGGGUCGCCCCUCAAGAGAAGAAACUAUGUCAAAUAUGCACAUACAUUCCUGUUGUGUAAUUCUGCUCAUUAGGAUGCUUUGUAGUUUACGCCUAAGGCCAAGCCCCAGAACAACAAGGGUUUCAGAGUGGGGUGCAAGGUGCAGAGUGCGGGGUGCAUUAGCUUCUGCCCAAAUCCCAAACAUCUUCAGCCUUGAAUUCCUUGUGACUCUGCCUUGGCAACACCAUGUGGCAGGCAGGCAGGAGCACAUUAGCACAUUAGAAAAGCAAUACUUUUUACAAGAAAUUUUAAAAUGCACUGUCAUUUUGUUUUUAAUCAAAUAUAUAUAUAUAUAUAUAUAUAUAUAUAUAUAUAUAUAUCCCAUUGAAUAUGCAUGUCUACAGAGGAUGGCAAGGAAUUGAAUCAUUCUCAAGAGGACCUUCGGGAAAUGACUAUGAAGUCAGGUGAAAAUGAGCGAAUCCCAUUUGGGGCUUGACAGAGGAAUCUUGAAUUCAGACAAGGUGGAAGAAGCAUAUUGGCAUCAUUGCAAACUAUAACACUCUUGACCAUUUCUGAGUCAUCUAGUGGCUCCAAUCUGCCCCUAGAAAUGGAAUUAAUCAAGAAGUCCAAGUCAAUGAUGUGCAUCACAGAGUGGCAGGGUCCAGUUCUAUCAGCUAUUCCCAGCCCACAGAGGAAACGAAUCCAAGUGAGAUCCUGGAGAUGGAUUAUUGUCAUUCAGAAGCCACCACGAUCAUCCAUAGCCUCACAGUAAUCCCCAGUGCUGUUCCUGUGAGCAAGCAUCUGCUCUGAGGUGUCAGGGCUCCUAGCUGAAGAGCCCUUGAGCCAUAGCUGCAGCAGGAGUGGGUGCACAGGGCAGGGCCCUCCCCACACUGACCUCUCUCCACUGGACAAUUCCUUCUUGAGAAUUCCCUGUUCUCUAGCCCCACACAUGCAUGGUUCAUAUUCAGUAGCUCACAUAGAUUAUCUAUGAAUUGUUCUUUCUGAACAUCUCUUAUGCCAAAAAAAAAAAAAAAAAAAAAAACCCACAAAUCUCCCGUUUAUAUAAAAAGAAAAGAGACAUCCAGGUUGGUGAGCCUCCUGCUGAAAACGCAAAAGCAUGAGUUUUUCUUGUGGCUGGAAUGCUAACUUGCAUGGCACUUAUUGGGUGAGUCACAAAGCUUCCUGGGACCCUGGUUUCAUCAUCUCUAAAAGCAGAAAUCAUCCUACAACCUACCUCCUGGAGGUGCUGCACAACAAACUGCUGAUGGAAGUUUUGGAAUCCAGUUUAUAACCCGUAAAGGCUGUCCUCAGAAAUGGUGUGGAAAACUUCUUUAUGCUAUUGUGAUUCAAAUGACGCCAAGACUCAGAGCAAGAGCAUUCAUGUGUGUUGAUGCUGCUCAGAGGUGAAGAGGUUGGGGCAAAUAAUGAGGGGGAAAAGUGCUUUAAAUGGAUUUAUUUUGACCACAAAACACGUUGUUAGAGCAAAAAACUACAAUUAUACAUUCUCUGUCCCCAUGCUUUGCAAAUUUUAAUGUGCAUAUAAAUCCUCUGGAACCUUGUUAGAAAGAAGUAAGUCUGGGGUGGGGACUGAGAGUCUGCAUUUCUGACCAGUUUCCAGAGGAUGCUGAGGCUAUUGGGCUACAUCCUCAGUUCAGGUAGCAGGGCUCUGGCCUGUCCUUACUGUUUGUAUAUUAAAAGUGCUGCCUCUCAGU